AUGUUGCCUUCUCAAGAAGCCUCCAAGAUCUACCACGACAAUUAUAUGCGCAACUCCCGGGCCAUCGGGGUGCUGUGGGCCAUCUUCACCAUCUGCUUCGCCAUCGUCAACGUGGUGGUGUUCAUCCAGCCCUACUGGAUCGGCGACAGCGUCAACACGCCGCAGGCCGGCUACUUCGGCCUCUUCCACUACUGCGUGGGCACCGGGCCGUCGCCCAGCCGGGAGCUCACCUGCGUGGGCAGCUUCUCCGACUUCAGCUCCAUCCCGUCCGGAGCCUUCAAGGCGGCCUCGGUGUUCGUGUUGCUGUCCAUGGUGCUGAUCCUCAGCUGUAUCGCCUGCAUGGCGCUCUUCUUCUUCUGCAACACCUCCACCGUUUACAAGACCUGCGCCUGGAUGCAGCUGCUGUGUGGAGUGUGCCUGGUGCUGGGUUGCAUGAUCUUCCCCGAUGGAUGGGACGCCGAGGUGAUCCGGGACAUGUGCGGGGAGCAGACAGGGAAAUACUCCCUGGGCGAUUGCUCUGUACGCUGGGCCUAUAUGCUGGCCAUCAUGGGCAUCCUGGACGCCCUCAUCCUCUCCUUCCUGGCCUUCGUCCUGGGCAACCGGCAGACAGAUUUCUAUCUUGAUGAUUUGCAGACAGACAACAAAGAUUUUGCUGUGUCAAGGUAUGUUAAGAAUCCUCCGUCUUGUUUUAUUCAGAUUGAGGUUCGGGACAGAAGAGAGCCACGGUAUGGAGUGCAGCGUCUUCACUGA